GUCUACGUUCUGGACCAAACUGUGAGGUACGGUUUGGACCACGGUUUUUCUAACGGUCUGGUCUAUUUUCCCAGCCCUAACUACGGCGGUUACCGUUCGACGUUUCCGCGUCGGAGGAGAAAAUACUUCUCUUCCGCAAUCUGGUUGAGCGGGGCUGAAGAAGAAGCCACCGCCGACGAGGUGGCGUUCCGGCUGGGUGCCUCCCAGAGCUCGAUCCUCAUUCCCCCUUUUGCCCUCCCCUGUUCCCGAUCUCGCCCAGCUCCGUCGAAUAAGGUUCUGUAGCAUGGAUCCCUGUUCGUAUGCCCCUGCUUCCCUUUCCAAUUGGGGCUCAAUUUCAUAGCAGCAACCCUCACCCAUCUAGCGUCCUGAAACUGCGGGCGCCCUAGGAGGAUCACCCACUCUCUGACGGUCGGUGG